AUGUACAUUUUCAUUACACUGACCUAUGCUAUAUCGUCAUUACAUCUCCUACUUGCCUUCACCAGUAUCAUUAUUGGCAUCAUUUCACAAAGUCGAUCGACUGUUUGGAUUGCACAUAGUGUCUCACCGAUAUGGGCCGGUAUUUUCUUCGCUUCCUGUGGUGGAAUUGGAAUAAUAUGCGCACGUCAAAAAGGUCUCUAUGUGAUAUUAUGCUAUGUAGCAUUAAGCAUCGUCACACUGAUUGUGGAUUUUGUUAAUAUUCAACUGUUACGUUUAGGACUUGUUAAUAUUACUACCGACGGCGAAGCUUAUUUGAAAGAGCGGAAAGAUAUACUUGUACUUGUUGCCAUACUCAUAUCAUCCAUAGAAUGUUUAGUUUGCUUGUUAAGUCUAUCUCUGGGUAUUCGUUUAUCCUACGAUGCAGCUCAUAAAAAAUUUCGUAAAAAAGAAGGUGCAUUUUUUGUACAGGUACUUUCGGAAAAGGAAAUUGUGGUCGUUUCUAAAGCACCAUCAUCAAAACAGUCGGGUUCUGGUCCUCAAUCUGUUCAAUCAUUCGAGUGUGCGUCGGCGUAA